CCCUUGAUAAUAAUCAAGCUCUCUCUCUUUUUCUAAUCAGCGAUCCCUUUGUAACCUUUUGCGUUUUUUUCAUACUCAGAAAUAGCACCUUAUCAUGUGACUUGCAUGUGAUUCACCAUCGGUUAAUUUUCGGACAAUUGACGAUCAGCUGAUGAACUGUCAAAUUUAAAGUGAAGUAAAAAUUUCAAACGAGCAAGGUUAUUCAGGCUGAAUUAUAAACAGUUUUUAUUCAAGUGUACAAAUAUACCAAAGUUAGUUUAGUUCCGUGUCUAUUCAUGGACAAUGAUAUAUUAUCGAAAGUAAUGUAAUUAUGAAAAUCGACUUUGCAUAAUAAAUAUUUCUUCAGUGAGGUUAUACUCCUCUGGACUCCAAAGAUUGAUUAGAUUUUUAAUAAAUAGUAGAUUUUACACAUCAUAAGAGUUAAGAGAGUGUAUAACGUGAAAGAUGAGUUGGUGAUAAUCUUGGCCAAAGAUUAUAAACUGUAAAUAAACAUGGCGAGACCAACAGUUUCAGCACAAUGUGAUUCUGUCGCAUCCUACAUGGAUGGUGUUCACGUUAAAAUUGCAGAGGCCUACAAGCCGCCGCGCAAAAUUGCCUUGCCAGUGGCUUACAAUAAUAAAUUACCAGAUGUGUCGAAUUACGUGUAUGACUUUAGUUUAGAACGAGUGGUCAUCGAAAAGAUGACAGAAUGGCGCAAGGCCAGACACACCAUGGCUCUUGCACGACGUACCCGUCUCGAUGAAAAAAAGAAAAAAGAAGAAGCACCUUCGCCACCAUUGCCUGAAACGGCAACACAAUCUUCGGUUAAGGUAGCCCCUGCUCCCGAAACAACGAUACUCACUCCGCAACCUCUAUCUCCAUCAGCUAACGAUCUGCAAUAUAUAACGAUAUCAAACGGACUGGAUCUUGCAGACUUUGACAACGAUACUAGCAGUCCGUUUGACAACAUGGAAUUAAAGACGAUAAAUGAUAUGGAGGAACUUGCCCAGGUUUUGCAGCCAACAUCUCCAUGGGUUCCACCUGCUAAGCUGGAGAAUAUCCUCACUGAACUGACUAUUGAUCAAAAUGAAGGAAAACAAGAACAUACGAACAUCGAAGCUGAUGAAAAUACUGAGAACGACAAACACGCCUCGAAUCAACCUAGUGUUCCUACCAUAGUGCAAGAACUUCAGAGGGAAUUGGCGAGGCCAAUCAUGGAGAACUGGAAGCCUUGGCCAGAGCUAGAGAGCCCCAGCUGUGAUGCAGAUGUGACUCCCCCAAAGUUUACUAAUUCCUCCACGUCAUUUCAUUCUACAUUAUCCAAUCCGUUACCAGAUCUCACCGAGGAUGAUCAAAAGCUAGCUAAGCACCUCAGUGAUAUGGGAUUUCCUUUGUCGAGAGCAGCGCGAGCGAUUCGUGACUUAGGUGGUCGGGACAACAAGAAAGUAGUUGAGUACCUUUUGGCUGUUCAAUCUUUGGAAGAGUUGGGAAUGCUCGGCGAUGAUGCUGAGAAGGUAUUAGCUUUAACAGACUACGAUCUAGAGAAAGCAAAGCUUUACUAUAAAAAUUUGCAGACAUUAAGAGACUUAGGAUUUCCAGAAGAGCAGGUGUCCUCUGCGUUGUUGAAGUGUAACAUCGACAGAGACAGAGCUCUCGAUUUGUUGAUUGCUUAGCUUUGUUUGAUCAAUAAGUAUGAUUUCUUUGAAAUAAGACUUGCCUUCAAAACUGACUGAGAUAACAUUAAUGUAAAUAUUCCAACCAGUCUGUCAAGCAUGAAUUUCAAUUUCACUGCUUAGGAUGGCAUUUAAUUCCACGGAACUGUAACUAGGUAUUACCUAUUUUUCUGGAGGCAAUUUUUCAAGUCUCCAUUUGAGAUGGUUAAUAUGAAUACUUAAUGCGUAAGAGUACAAUUGCCUCAGUCGUGAUAUAUUUGACUAGUACGAUGUAGCCUAUAACUACACUAACUUACGUUAAUUGUGAGUUGUCAAUCUCAGGAAUCGUCAAUUUUAAUUGGCUUCCUAAGUUCGACAAGCAGUCAAAGAAUUGGUAAACUCAACCCAAGUAAACCAAAAUGCUACCAGUAUUUUCCCAAUAGUUUUUAGGCCUAAAUUGUCGUCUUAAUCAAUUUGCUUCUCCGAAACUCUUGUACAUAAUAAAUUUCUUGAAAUGAGA